AUGAUGAUGUCAAGAUCACUCAACAGUUGUCUCUUGUUCAACAACCGUACCAAUACUCAAUCACUUCUAAAGAAGUUCUACGUGUCCACCAGUGGCAGCAGCAGCAGUGCAUCAUUCAAAGCCUUCCCAAAGGGAUUCAAGACUGGUACAUCAGCUUGUGGACUGAAGAAGAGUGGAAACAAGGAUGUUUGUGUGAUUCACUCGUCGACACCUUGUCAGGUUGCUGCGGUGUUCACCGAGAACAAGGUUAAGGCUGCACCAGUGGUACUCAGUCGUCAACUUCUUGACAGCCAUCACUCAAAGGGCUUCAACUCACUUGUCAUCAACAGUGGUGGUGCCAAUGCCUGCACAGGUGAUCAAGGUAUGGCCAACGCCAAGACCAUGUCCACCCUGACCUCCUCUCUUGUCAAGGCUCCCCAGCCCUCACUUGUUAUGUCAACAGGUAUCAUUGGACAACAAUUGGAUAUGACCAAGGUUGAGAAGGGUAUCAAGGAAGCCGUGUCCAACCUCAAUGAGGCUGAUUGGUUGUCAGCUGCCAGAGCAAUUAUGACAACGGACAAGGUACCAAAGUUGGCACAGGCCAAUGUAAAGAUGUCGGGCACUGACGUCAACAUCAUCGGUAUCUGCAAGGGCGCCGGUAUGAUCCAUCCCAACAUGGCCACGAUGCUGUGCGCCAUCUGUCUGGACGCCAACAUCUCGGAGCAGUGUCUCAAGUCGCUGCUCAAGCACUCGGUCCAAUACUCAUUCAACUCGAUCAAUGUCGACGGUGACAUGUCCACCAACGACACCGUCGCCAUCUUUGCCAACGGAUCGGCCAACAACAAGAUCGUCGACGACGUCAACUCGCAGGACUACAUCGCCCUGCAGGCUGCCGUGCGCGACGUUGCCACCAAGCUCGCUCAGAUGAUCGUGCGUGACGCAGAGGGCGCCACCAAGUUUGUCACAAUCAAUGUGCAGGGUGCCGACAACGAGGCCAACGGACACAUCGUUGCCAACAGCAUUGCCACUUCAUCGUUGGUCAAGGCUGCCAUGUAUGGAGGCGACGCCAACUGGGGCCGUGUGCUGGCUGCCGUUGGCUACAGUGGAGUCAAUGUGGAUCCACUCAAGGUGUCAAUGUGGUUCGCCAAGGGCGACGGAGACAACGUCGGCAAGGGCAAGAAGAACGAUCCAGAGACCUCGAUGCAGUUCAUCGAGAAGGGCACGCCACUUCCCAAAAACGAGGACAAGGCUGCCGAGCUACUCAGUCACAACGACAUCUCAAUCAUCGUCGACCUCUCCAUGGGCAAAUCAUCCUACACCAUGUGGACCUGUGACUUGACCGAGGAGUACGUGAGAGCCAACUCCCACUACAGGACA